CAUACCUACACCCCACACACCUUUUCUCUUGUUCCCCAAAUCUCUAAAUAAAAACUAAAAACAAAUGGAGUUUUCAACUAUCCAAGAACCCUAACCUUAAAACAAAAAGAUUUCACCCUUUUUCUACUAUCUUUUUCAAAAUCGCGAAAUGGAAAAGCUCAAUUCCGUCAACAAUGGUGGCCUCCGAUUACCUCCUGGGUUCAGGUUCUUCCCCACUGAUGAAGAGCUUGUGGUGCACUUCUUGAAACGCAAGGUCCAAUCUCGCCCUGUUGCUUCCCCCAUCAUUGCUGAAGCUGAUGUUUGUAGGUCUGAUCCAUGGGAUUUACCAGGUGAUCCGAAGCAAGAAAGGUACUUCUAUAGCAACAUGGAGAUCAAAUACCCAAAUGGAAAACGAUCCAAUCGAGUCACUACAUCUGGAUACUGGAAGGCGACUGGUUUAGACAAGCAAAUUGUUGAUUCGAAGAACAAACAAAUUGUUGGUUCGAAGAAAACUUUGGUGUUCUACCGAGGCAAAGCCCCAAACGGGUCUAAGACCAAUUGGGUCAUGCAUGAGUACAAGCUUGCUAAUCCUAUCCAGGGCAUGGAGAAUUGGGUGAUUUGCAGGAUGUUUUUGAAGAAAAAUGGAAGAAAAAGUGGUGAGAACGAUGUGAGAGUUGAGGAAGCUGGACCAAUUUUCUAUGAUUUCCUGGCUGGUAUUCCAAGAACUGGCGAUCUGAAUUUGGAACCUGCUGCAUCAUCGUCUGGUUCAAGUGGGGUUACAAAUGCUUCUCCCAUGGCAGAUGAAGGUGAAGAGAACAGUAAAUACAUGCGGGGAAAUUAAGAAUCUUGUUGCUGAGUUUACUUACAGUAGUAUAACUAGUAAUGUAAAGUUAGUUUUUUUUUACAUCGGGAAGCUAGUUGAAGUAU